UACAGAAAAGUGUAGUUUGUUUUAGUCGUCCGCGCAAUUCUAUUUGUAUAUUUUAUUGAAAUUGAGUGUUAAGUGUACGCUUGUUGCUCCACGUGCUGGGGAAAUGCAAACGGGAAGACAUUUUAGUUAGACUUCAACAACGUGCUUGCUGCAAGGAUGGGAGAGAACACCGAGGACCGGUUGGACGAAACAUUCAAGUCGUUCACGGACGACGAAUUGAACACGCACGAUUUUCAAAUUAAUCAAAAGCUCGAGGUUAUCGAGCAAAAAAUAGCACGCCUAAAGGCACAGAAGGCUCAGCUACUGAAGUGGAAAGAUACGAUACAGACUGUUCGUACACAACGCCGGACAAACCAGCAGACGGAACGAGGCUGGGACGACGAGAGCUACGCAUGGUCCGCGAAUGCCCGAGAAACGCUGAAGGAGGUAUUUGGCCUGAGCGUGUUUCGUCCACAGCAGCUACAAACGAUCAAUGCCUUGAUGUCUGGAAACGAUGUGCUGCUGCUUGCGCCUACCGGUGGAGGAAAGAGCUUGUGCUUCCAACUUCCGGCAGUCAUUAGUGAGGGGGUAACGGUAGUGAUAUCCCCAUUGAUUUCGUUAAUGGAGGAUCAAGUAUGGUCGUUGCAGAAACUGGGCAUCGAAGCAAGGAUGCUUUCCAGUUCAUCCGAGAAAGCAGAUAUCAACGAGAUACACAAGAUACUUUCUAGUGUUAAACAAAAACCCAGCUUGAAGCUACUGUACAUUACUCCCGAACGAAUGGCCAAAAGUAAACGAUUCAUGACGGCGUUGCAAAAGUGCUACGACCAUGGCCAUCUAGAUCGCUUCGCAAUUGAUGAAGUACAUUGUUGCUCGCAGUGGGGCCACGAUUUUCGACCGGAUUACAAAUUCCUGGGCGUGCUAAAGGAAAUGUUUCCAAAGGCACCGUUGGUCGGUGUGACCGCUACGGCCACAACGAAAGUAAUCACCGACGUGCAGAAAAUGUUAAAUAUCCCAGAAGCGCUGGUGUUUGUAGCGACGUUCAAUCGGCCCAAUCUUUAUUAUCACGUUUUGGAGAAACCGCAGGAAAAACAGGAGCAGUAUGAGUUUCUGUCCGACCUGCUGUUGAACCGCUUCCGUCAAAAGAGCGGUAUUAUUUAUACCUUGUCGAUGAAGGAUGCCGUGGACAUCAGUACUGAGCUGCAGAAUCGUGGUCUGAAGGUCGCCCCAUAUCAUGCUACUCUGGAGGCUGUGGAUCGUACGAAAAUCCAUCAACUUUGGCACAAAAAUGACCUACAGGCGGUGGUGGCCACCAUUGCUUUUGGAAUGGGUAUUAACAAGUCGGAUGUGCGAUUUGUUAUACAUCAUACGUUGAGCAAGAGUCUGGAGAACUACUACCAAGAAAGUGGUCGUGCCGGACGCGAUGGCCAUAGGGCGGAGUGUAUCUUGUUGUAUCACUUUUCGGAUAUUUUCCGCAUAUCGACAAUGUCGUUUUCCGAGCACACAGGGCUGCAGAAUGUCUACGCAAUGGUGGAAUACUGUAUCAACGUUAGCGACUGCAGAAGAAAGAUCAUCUCCCGUUACUUCUCAGAAGUAUGGGGAGCCGAUGAUUGUGCGGCCAUGUGCGACCGGUGUACGAACAAGGAACAAGCUCCGCAUCCGGCUGUCGAUAUAUUGAGCCAUUACGGUCAGCUAAAACGCGUUAUCUCGAAGGCUAGUUUGCAGCAGAUGAAACUAACGGGACUGCGUCUAGUCGACGCCUGGCUUCAUAAGGGUCCGACAUUUUUACGGCUCUCAGAACCACCGCCACCGUACGAACGCGUGAUUGCGGAACAGGUUGUUGCUUUUCUCGUUAUUAAUCAGCACCUGAAGGAAUCGUUUACGUACACCCCGUACGCAACACUCAGCUACCUAGUACUGGGGCUGCCCAUUGUUGGUAGUUCCUUAACGGUACGCCUCGGUAAGCAUUUUGACCUUCCAAUUAAUGAAGAGAACACACAGACGGCGUCGGAAAAGAAUCCCGCGAGCACCACUCAAACGAAUGGUACAAAGAAGCGAUCUUUGCCUACCGAAACCUCCGGUAAAACCAAAAAAAAUCCUUCAGCAAAAAAGGGGAAAACUAAUGCUACUGCCUCAAAGACAACUAAACGAGCGAAAACGGCACCCACGACGGUUGAUGAUAGUAUAUCCUCAAGUUGUGCGAACGAUGAAGUGAAUGCGCCUCCCGCGACGGUUGAUGAUAGGACAAUAUCUUCAACUGAUGCAAAUAAUGUAGAUAAGGAGGCAAACAUGGCUGAGGAGGUUGAUGACGAUGUUAUAAUACUUCCGCUAAGAGAAGAAAUUAUAGAAAUAGACGGUGAUUAAUUGUUUUAUA